AUUUCUUGUCUGAGUAAAGAUGGCUAAUACUCCAUUGAUAGUUUCCUUUGGUGAAAUGCUUAUCGACUUUGUCCCUGACACUUCUGGUGUUUCUUUAGCUGAGUCCACCGGUUUUCUCAAAGCCCCUGGUGGUGCUCCUGCUAAUGUUGCUUGUGCCAUCACCAAACUCGGUGGCAAAUCAGCUUUCAUCGGCAAGUUUGGUGAUGAUGAGUUUGGACACAUGUUGGUUAACAUAUUGAAGAAGAACGGUGUGAACAGUGAAGGUGUUUGCUUUGAUACCAAUGCAAGAACCGCGUUGGCCUUUGUGACUUUGAAGAAAGAUGGUGAGAGAGAGUUUAUGUUUUACAGGAACCCUAGUGCGGACAUGCUCUUGAAAGAAUCUGAACUCAACAAGGAUCUUAUCAAGAAAGCUAAGAUUUUCCACUAUGGUUCCAUUAGCUUGAUCUCUGAGCCAUGUAGAACAGCUCACAUGGCUGCGAUGAAAACCGCUAAAGAUGCGGGAGUCUUACUCUCUUAUGACCCGAACGUUCGGUUGCCUCUUUGGCCUUCUACUGAAGCUGCUAUAGAAGGCAUCAAAAGUAUUUGGAAUGAGGCUGAUAUUAUCAAGGUAAGCGAUGAUGAGGUAACGUUUCUAACGCGUGGAGAUGCGGAGAAGGAUGAUGUUGUUUUGUCUCUUAUGCAUGAUAAGCUUAAGCUGCUUAUUGUUACUGAUGGAGAGAAAGGUUGCAGAUACUACACAAAGAAAUUCAAAGGGAGAGUGCCUGGAUACGCUGUGAAAGCAGUUGACACAACUGGAGCUGGUGAUUCAUUUGUUGGUGCAUUUCUUGUCUCAUUGGGAAAAGAUGGCUCCAUACUCGAUGAUGAAGGGAAGCUGAAGGAAGCACUUGCCUUUGCAAAUGCAUGUGGAGCAGUGUGUACUACUCAGAAAGGAGCUAUUCCUGCACUUCCCACUCCAGCUGAUGCUCAAAAGCUCAUGAAAUCUAAGUCUAAAUAGUUUCAAUCUUGUUCUGUUCUGUUUCUGUUUCUUCACUCUUGUCAAUUUCCUUGGUUUUCACAGAGUAUUUUCUCUGUUAUCUGAAUAAAUCUAGUUUCAAGUUUCUGCC